AUGCGUCUUUUCCGCGCUUCCCUAGCCUCAUGCAUUCUGCUACAUGCCCAGCAGGGUCUGUCGCUGGUGUAUGAAGAGAUCAAUCCUCUAGAGGUAGAGCCACAUCCCCUGGUUGUACGUGGCUCUGCGUACUCGAAUCUCGACCUACUCAAGCAUAACUCCUUCUACUACAGCGGUAGCAAAAAUGGACAGUUAUCACUGGCAAACUUCACAGUCUCCGUUGAGGGGGAGCAAGAGAGCAUUGUGUCUAUGGAGCGCUUUGAAAACCUUCUCGAAUCAGUUCACUGCACCAACAGGAGCAUUGGAAUGACGUUCAAAGAAGAGCAAGCCUACGCCUACACAAAGCACGCCUGGCAAUGGGUCAAUGAGUUGGACGACCGUACCUUUGUAAUGGUGGCUGGAAAAGGCUACUGCAAGUGGAACACCAACCGGCUUCCAUUUGUCGUUUCCAGAAUCACAUACGAUGAAGGCACUAAGACAACAAACCUGCAGGGUAGAGCUUCGCACUGGGAAGAGGUCGCACAUACCUAUGAGCUCAUCAUAGGAAAUCAAAAGGCUCCCUCUUCAGCAGCAAGGCGUGACAUUGACCGAUCCGCAUCUCUGGACUUCAACCACAUUGUGCCUGUAAAAAGCGGAAGACUUCCCGAUGAUAAGAUUGACGUGACCUGGGACUGUGCGGACUGUAGCACUCACGGGGCCUUUGAUCUCGGCCUCCACGUGAAGACUGUUGCAAAAAUUCCAAGGGCUGGCAGCUUGAGUCUUAGCCCUAACGGCGUAUCUGCCACCUUUAUGCCACGGCUAGCAUUGGAUGGUGACUUCAAGGACCAGACAAGCAGGGAGAUAGACAUUGGAAGAAUUCCAAUUACUGGUAUUUCUAUUCCUGGUGGAAUCUUGAACAUUGGACCUCAAAUUGUUUUCAGCCUGGGGUAUAUCAUGGGUCCGGUCACUGGCACUGCUACCAUCACAGCGGGAAUGUCGGUCAACCUUGAUGAUUCUGCUGAGGUUUCAAUUGACAUGCCAUCGCGUAAUGUGGAGGCAUCCGGGUGGACACCUUCUGUUGAGGCUAUUCCGAUGACAGUUGACGCGGAGAUUGAAGGAGAAAUCGAGCUUCAUCCUAAGGUAUCACUGCAGAUCUCUGCGCAGGUGAUAGGCAAGGGCUUUGAAAUCGGUCUCAAUCUGAAGCCAAAUCUUGCUGCCACUAUCUCUGCUGUUCAUGAAACUGAAGGGGCUUGUCCCGAUGAUCCUAAGCACCGGGAGAAUGGCGUCAAGGUUGAUCCAUCUGCAAGCUUCAGCCUGAAUUUCGAAGGCACGGUUGGCGACAAGAACAGCACACCCGAUGUUGAUAAAACCCUUGCUGAAUAUACCGCGCCUCUUGAACCACGGUGCUACCCUCUCGGCUCGGAAGACAGUAGUACUCCAGUUCCCUCUGGAAGCGCAACCCCGUCCAGCAGUAUCCGCCCAACAUCUUCAGCUUCCUCAACGCCGCUUACUACCCCUUCAUCGACCCUCCCAACCUCAUCAACACCCCUGUCCUCGUCCAUUCCUCCACCAACGUCGUCGGCAACCGAUCCAGCCAAACGCUCGCACCACCAUCGCCGUAUGGGUUCUCAUCGGCGCCACGGCCAUCUUUAA